GGUGACUCUGGUCCAGCCAAUGAACCCAUCAAAAACCUCUUCAUUUCACCUCACUUCACCAACACUCGUUGGUCUUUCCCAUCUGCUCCAUCUCAACCUGUUACCUGUAACCAUGGUGCUGUGAUGCCUUCAUGGUUUGACAUUCAUGAGAUACCUAUAGCAGCUAAUUCUCCUGUGGAUGAAAGUUCAUUGCUUAAAGCAGUUCGGAAUGUGCACUCUAUGAUUGACAAGGAGCUUGCUGCUGGAACUGACCCUAAAAAUGUUUUUCUUUGUGGAUUUAGUCAAGGAGGUGCCUUGACCUUGGCUAGUGUUCUGUUAUAUCCAAGAACUCUUGGUGGGGGUGCAGUCUUCAGUGGAUGGGUGCCUUUUAACUCAACUGGUUCUCUAACAGAUCAGAUCACGCCAGAUGCAAAAAGGACCCCGAUAUUGUGGUCUCAUGGCACAGCUGACGUAACAGUGUUAUUUGAAGCUGGACAAGUGGGUCCAGCGUUCCUUCAACGAGCAGGCGUAAUCUGUGAAUUUAAGGCAUAUCCGGGUCUUGGCCAUUCGAUAAACAAUCAGGAGCUCCAAUACCUGGAAUCAUGGAUCAAAUCCCAUCUACAAAGUUCCUCAUGAAGGUGAUCUGUUGGAGGUUCGGACCCAAAAUCAAAUGACCGGGAUCCACAUGAGCGUAUUACGAGCAUAUUCGGGUUUAUAUCUGUGUUGGAAGAUGAUGGCAUGAUGUAGAUGUAGGAACAACACGCAUCUUAUAGUCGAAAGAUCAGUUAAAAUCACAAUUUUUUAAAAAACCUGCUUGAUUAUUAAUAAAUUGUUUAA